GUGGCAUUCUUUUUAUUUACCAGAAAUCUCCCAUUACUCUACUCUCUCUCUCUCUCUCUCGCUGCCAGUCUCCUCCCCAGAGUGGCAACAACUCUAUAAAUAUCAAGUUAUCUCCGAAUUCCAUAAAAACAUAACAAAGUAAGAAAAUACAGAGAUAUUUCCAGAAAUAGAGAGAGAAGGAGACUGAGAAAGAUGAAGGGAAGGAAGAGCAGUCACCCAUUGUUGAGAGGGGGGAGGAGAGAGCGCAGUUACAGCCAUGGUUUCUCUUCUGCUCAGAUCCAAUCACUGGCCUCCAUCUGUGAGGCUCUCAUCCCUCCCCUGCCAUGGGAGAGCAUCAGCAAGGAUAACCCAGUUGACCAGGCCCUUCGUUCCUUCUACAAAGCUUCUGGGUCUCAUCCUCCUCUCCCCGAUGAGGUAGCGGAGCUCAUGGCGAAGAGGUGUAUACCACAGGCUGUAUUCCUAGUGAGCUUAGUUCUGAAGAUGCUCUCAUUCAGACUAGGGACUCUUUUGCUUUGUGGGUAUCUGUGCUUUGAUUCGAAAUGGCCAUUUAUUCUUAGGUUCUCCGAGAUUUCUGUGGAGAAGAGAGAAGAAAUUCUCAAGAAAUGGUCGAAGGAAAGGCGUCUGGUACCCUUAAGACAAGUGUUUCUAGUUGUUAAAGUCUUCUGCUUCUUCAACUUCUUCUCAAGGACCGAUGAAAACUCAGAAAACGCAUCAUGGGAAGCAAUUGGAUACCGAGUUGACACGAGAGAAAGGUUGACAGAAUCCCAAAAGGAGAGGCCUCUCCAGAAGGGAGUCAUUGAAACCAUGUAUGAAAAUGACUCUACACUUGUCCAAUCUCUCGCCCAGAAAGGCCUUGAAGUCAUUGAUGAUCCAGAGCACAACAUGUACAAGAUCAAAUGUGAUGUUGUGGUUGUUGGUUCUGGUUGUGGUGGAGGGGUUGCAGCUGCUGUUCUUGCGAGCGCUGGCCAGAAAGUAAUCGUCCUUGAGAAAGGCAACUAUUUUGUGCCUGAAGAUUAUUCUUCUGCGGAGGGCCCCUCCAUGAAUGAGCUAUAUGAGUCAGGCGGAAUAUUGUCAACUCUUGAUGGGAAAACAAUGGUCUUUGCUGGCUCAACUGUCGGUGGAGGCUCUGCUGUAAACUGGUCUGCAUCUAUCAAAACACCAGACUCAGUUCUUCAAGAGUGGUCUGCUGAUCAUAAGAUCCCACUUUACGCAAGCUCAAGCUAUCAGUUCGCCAUGGAUGCCGUUUGCAAGAGGAUUGGUGUCACAGAUAAGUGCAAGGAAGAAAGCUUUCAGAAUCAAGUACUUCGAAAAGGGUGUGAGAAUCUUGGCUGGGAAGUUGAGAGAGUCUCAACAAAUGCCUCAGAAAAUCAUUACUGUGGCUCUUGCUUAUAUGGUUGUAGAACAGGGGACAAGAAAGGCACUGAUUCAACUUGGCUGGUCGAUGCUGUGAACUGUGGUGCAGUGAUCCUAACAGGAAGCAAAGCUGAGAAACUUAUAUUGGAGAAUGGAAAGAAUGCAAGGAUGAGAAAGCAAUGCCUGGGAGUGAUUGCAACAACUAUGAGUGAGACUAUCACGAAGAAGUUGCAAAUUGAGGCUAGAGUAACAGUAUGUGCAUGCGGGUCUCUCUUGACUCCGCCUCUAAUGAUCUCUAGUGGGUUGGAGAAUCCUAACAUUGGCAAAAACCUUCACCUCCACCCUGUUCAACUCGUCUGGGGACACUUUCCAGAACACACAUCAAAAUUUAGGGGCAAAAUGUAUGAGGGAGGGAUUAUUACUUCACUCCAUAAGGUGGUUUCAGAGGAUUCCACCGUCCGAGCCAUUAUAGAAACUCCAGCAUUUGGACCUGCAGCAUAUAGUGCUCUAUUUCCUUGGAUUUCGGGGCUCGACAUGAAGGACAGGAUGGUGAAGUUUGCUAGAACUGCUCAGCUUUUUGCUUUGGUAAGAGAUCAGGGUUCAGGAGAGGUGAAGGCAGAGGGUAAGAUUACGUAUCGAUUAAGUCAAAUCGAUAAAGAAAAUCUCCGGGCUGGGAUGAGGCAGGCUAUAAGAGUUUUGGUUGCCGCAGGAGCUGUUGAAGUGGGCACCUAUAGGAGUGAUGGCCAGAGAAUUCAAUGUAAAGGAAUUAAAGAGGAGGAGUUGGAGGCGUUUUUGGACACGGUGACAACAGUUGGAGGGGCAGGGUCAAGGGGAGAACACUGGACUCUAUAUGGUUCUGCACAUCAGAUGGGAAGUUGUAGAAUGGGUUCUACAAAAGAAGUAGGUGCAGUUGAUGAGAAUGGUGAAAGCUGGGAAGCAAAAGGCUUGUUUGUAUGUGAUGGAAGUGUUCUACCUACUGCAGUUGGGGUCAAUCCCAUGAUUACCAUCCAGUCCACUGCUUACUGCAUUUCCAAGAGGAUUGCAGAGUCCUUGAAGAAAUAAACAUUCCAAUUUUCCCCUUUUUAAAUUAAUUAGACUCUGCAAAAACGAUUGUGUAAUCAGAAGAAAAAUAAAUAAAUAAUUGUUUGGGUGAUUAGAGACCCAUAAUAAAGUAAUGUUCUUCCUUCCCA